UUGUCUUGACAUCAGACAGAUUCGCUUUUGAUAUCUCACAUCUUAGUUGCCUGUCAGCUCUUGUAACAUAAUGACCUAAUUUGUUACCUUUGACCCACUUACAACGUGUGGGAGUCAUAUGUUAUCCUAGGGCCAUAUCCUUAGGGAUUAUAUCCAUCCUUUGGAAUUUGCUAUGUUAGCAUUUUGAUGUGACUUUUAGUCCAUUUUUGAAAGGCUUUGACCUUCGUAUUUUUUGGUUGGCUCACCAUGUUCUUAUGCCACGAAACUACGAUAGAAAGAGAUCGGCGCGGCCAUAUUCAGCAGAAGACUUACGAAAAGCAGUUGCUGACGUUUCAACCAAUAAUUUAACAUAUCGGCAAGCUUCUGCUCUCUAUGGAAUACCAAUUUCUAACAUCUUCAAUAGAAUUAAAGGUCAUAAAAUUGCUGAAGGAAAACUAGGUGGUGGAAGAAAUCCCAUUUUCACACCUGAAGUGGAACAUGAUAUUGCUCAAUGUGUUAUGGAACGAUCGAAAAUGGGCUAUCCUUGUUCAAAAGAUGAAUUGCUUCAAUUAGUGCAGAAUUACGUGUUACAAAAUCAUAUAAAAACGAGCUUUAAGGAUGGAAAACCUGGACACGAUUGGUAUAUUGGGUUCAUGUCCCGCCAUCCUAGGUUAACCUUAAAGAAAGCUGAACAUCUCCAAAAGUCAAGGAUGUUAGCAAGAAACCCAGAGAUAGUUCAUGAUUUCUUUGAUAAAUUGGAAGAAGUAAUUUCAUUUUACAAUAUCCUACCAUCAUUUACAUUUAAUACUGAUGAAUCUGGAUUUAGUUCGGAUCCUUCAAAAGUCCGUGGCAUAGGCAUAGGCAAAGGAAAAACCUUAAGUCGAGUUAGCGGGGGUUCAGGUCGAGAAAACACCACAGUGUUGGCAUGUUCAGCAGCAGACGGCACAAUACUUCCACCUCUGAUCAUAUUCAAAGGAGCUGCGGUCCAGGCUCGUUGGACAUCACCCGCCGCUUAUCCUGGUACUCUGUACGCAACAACGCGAAAUGGAUGGAUGGAAGAAACACCUUUCUUUUAUUGGCUGCAAACUUGUUUUAUACCCCAUGUGCGCAAAAAACGUUUAGAGCUGGAACUACCAGAUGCAACCGCUCUACUUCUAUAUGAUGGUCACAGCAGCCACGUAAGUCUACGCAUAAUAGAACUUGCUAUGGAGGCUAAUAUUCAAAUUAUCAAAUUUCCUAGCCAUCUCACAGAUCCACCCCGAAGGUUUUAGCGUAUGAUAUAGAAAAUGAUCCUUGGACUAUUCCCUACCUUCUGUGAAAAUUUCAAGUAAAUCCAUACUGGACGAAAAAAUUGCGAGCCAAAAUGCUUCAUUUCCUCAAUCGACUAUUUGGGCCGACCGACCGGCUCUGUCCCGUGAUACAGCUGAUCGACUAUAAUAACUUUUUUAUUUACAUUUAAUUUAGAAUGUGUGUACUGGUUUUCAGCCUUAGUAAAUGUAAAUAAUUACCUAA